AAGAAAUGGAAUUGUGGAGUUGGAAAGCAUUGAAGAUAUACUUCCAAAGUUCAGAGGAGGCGCACUUCACAUACUCCCAUGCACAUACUAAACUACAAACGCCUCCCUCCCUGCUUCCCACUAUACCACUCCUUUUACUCUCUCUCUCUCCGAUACCAUUCCUCUGUCUCUCUCUCUAAAGUAUCACUAUACCAGAUUCCUUCUUCUCUUUUGCUAAAACCACCUACCUUUUCUUCUUUAUCUGUAUUUUUUAUUGUUUCGUUCAUGGUUUCCCUCCUCUUCCGCAUUGGCGUGUGAGUGUUUUUGCCAGCACCAGCUUCAGUUCUGCCCGAAAAUAGAAGAAGAAGAAGAAGUUGAAGUUUCUGGUGGGGACAGAGAAAAGGGGAAAAAAUGGGGUGUGCUAGCUCGAAAGCGGAGAAAGAUGAAGCAUUGUUGCUGUGUAAGGAGAGGAAGAAAUUCAUGAAGAUUGUCAUUGAUCGAAGGUACGGUCUGGCUGCUGCCCAUGUCGCCUACAUCCAAUCCCUGCACAAAGCUGGGGAUUCCCUCCUGCGUUUUGCCAAAGCCGAAGCAAUGCCGGAAUCCUCCACCUCAACUUAUGCAACCACCGAGACCACUGAGCCCCAGAUUGCUUUUGCGGACAAAUCCUCGCCCUCUCACUCCUCUAACUUCCCUUCCCCCCUUCCUGGCGGAGCUCCGGUCGGCGGCGGCAUUGAUUCACCCCAACAGGGAAGCCCAUUGUCGCCGAUUUUUCUGUCGCCUCAGAGUCGCUCCACUGUUAGUUUCAUGAAGUCUGGGGGACUGUGGUCGCUUCAACUUUCCAGCAGAGACCGCCCGAGCUUGGCUCUGUUGGGUUCGUGGAAGAUUCCGAUUACACUAUGUCCCCUACUUUAUUCCCUCCGCGACCACCUCCCGGGAUGGAUCCAUCGUGGGAUUUCUUCGAUCGUCGAAGAUUCUGAUAAUCUUCACUCGACUAUAGGAGGGGAUGGUUUCUCUAUGCCAUACGAAAGUUCGGAUAACAAUUCGCCCAUUCGGAGCUCCCAAAACCAGCGUUCCAGGAUCGCUCACGCUUAUACUUUCAGUGGGUUUCCUUCUGAGAGAUUGGAUACGGGAACUCCGCCGGAGAAACAAGAAGCUAGAAAUCCGAAGAAACACAGCAAAGUUCAUGAUGAUGGUGGCCAUGAGAACAUGUUGGUUGCGGAGGCAGAGGAGGUGCCAUCUGCUAGCAAUGCAUUAGAGGUCAGACAAUCCAGGAAGGAAGGCAAUGCAGUGGACGAAAAGGAAAUGGCAUCAGAAAGAGAGGAUGCAUCGGAAUUCAUUACACACAGGGCCAAGGAUUUCUUAUCAAGCAUUGAGGAAAUUAAAAACUGGUUCCAACGGGCCUGUGAGGCAGGAAAGGAAGUAUCCAGGAUGCUAGAAGCCAACAAAGUUCAACCUACCUGUACGGAAUUUAGAGAUGGUCCCCAACUUGUUACCAAGGUUAUUUCUUGGCAUCGAUCCACAUCAUCACGCUCAUUCUCAUCUAGGAGUCCUCUUGUUUUUGCACCGAAAGAUGAUAUUGAUGACAGUAGCAGUGACUUUGUUGAGGAUUUCUGCAUGAUCUCGGGUAGCCAUUCAUCUACUCUGGACAGAAUGUACGCAUGGGAGAGGAAACUUCAUGAUGAAGUAAAGGCCAGUGAAUCUGUAAGAAGGGAGUACGAUAGAAAAUGUGGUCAACUCAGGCAUCAGUUUGCAAGAGACCUUAAGAAACAUGUGAUUGACAAGACUAGGGCUGCUGUUAAGGAUUUAUAUUCGAGGACUAAUGUUGCUAUUCAGGCACUGGAGUCAAUAUCCAAGAGAAUUGAGAAAUUGAGGGAUGAAGAGCUUCAGCCGCAAUUAUUGGAGCUGAUACAGGGGUCAAUCAGAAUGUGGAAAAUAAUGCUUGAGUGCCACCAUGCACAGUAUAUCACUAUCUCAUUGGCAUACCACACAAAAACCUCUGCUGGAGCCCAUACUGAUUCUAGAAGGGAUGCAGCUCUUAAUCUGGAAAAUGAAAUGAGUUGCCUGAGUGCAAGUUUUACAAAUUAUUUAGAUGCACAAAAGUCUUAUGUUCAGGCGCUUAACUGCUGGCUCACAAAAUGUGUAAGGAUCCCAGUGGAGAAAUCCACCAGGCGCGGAAGAAACCCAUUUUCACCUCGUCGUGCUCUUGCACCCCCUAUAUUUGUUCUGUGUCGUGACUGGUCAGCUGCAUUUGAUACCCUGCCGGCAGGGGAAGUCUUAAACGCCGUUAAAGCUUUGACUGUAGAUGUUCAUGGGAUGUCUCCGCAGCCAGAUGAAGAUCAGAAGCCACGAAAGAAAGGAUCCAAAAAUUUGGACAGUGGUGUGGAACAAGAUGGUCAAGAAGACAAGUCCAGUAAAACAUCAGAAGUGGGGAUGCAAUCUAAUUUGAGCAGCAUACAGUCAAAUUUAAUUCUAAUGUUUGACAAGCUGAAGAAAUUUGCGGAGGCAUCCUUGAAGAUGUAUGAAGAUAUACGGCAGGGAAUGGAGGCUGCCUGCAUUGCAUAUAAUGGCAGUGGCAAAAGGGUAUUAUAGGCUAUAGUCGGGAAAAGAAGGUAGCUUUGUAUAUUAUCAGUUGGAAGAAUGUAUAAGCUCUCAAAUCGUUGUCAUUGCUGAAGAAGAAGCCGCCAUCAUUUCUCCUAAGUAUUUUUAGCCAACUCUGGGGAUUUAGAGUAUAGAAAAAUUUUCUUAUGAAUAAAAACUCCUCGGGUGUUUCCCCCAGGCAUACAAGUCUGCAAGUGCCAACAACGAGACCAUGGGCCAGAGGUUUAAGUGUUUAUCCUUAUUCUACUUUAACCAGCGUUCCUUGGGAGAUGAUUUCUGUUUAAUCAUUUUAUAUCUUCAGGAAGACAUCUGCAUCACUUCAGCAAUGACAAUGAAGGUAAUUAUUUUGCAAGAAACACGGCAUGAAAUCUUUUAAAGGAAUGAUGAUUAAGCUAUUUCCUUAUGCUGCAUCAAUCUAAUUCCAAUAUACCCUUGGUAUGCAAUACUCGCAUGUUGCUGAAGUUAUGUCCAUUUGUAAGAUAUAUAUGGAAUGAGACAUUAUUUCAGAUUUUUUCUUUU